AGUUAUAAAAAGCCUCAGUGCCUCUCAGUGAGCAGCACACACAACAGACAGAGACAGACUUCAGACGCAGCACUGACACCAGAUCGGGCCUACAAAGAUGAAGAUGCCUCAACUUCUCAUCCUCCUCGUGACCAUUUUGGUGCACGCAGCAGUCGGUUUCCCCACUGACAGGAGGGCCCGGGAGAAACAGGCCUCAUGGGACGAUGUGAAUGUGGUGGCCCACGGCCUCCUCCAGCUUGGCCUGGGCCUCAAGGAGCACGUGGACAAGGCCAAAGCCCAGAUGAGCGACAUCAACGCCAAACUGAAGGCCUUCAACGGCACGGUGGCCGAGCUGGAGAGGAAGCAGCGGGAGCAAGAUGAAGCUAUGAAGGCCAGAAGCAAGGGGCCGGAGGAGAGUCAGAGGCUGGCAGAGCUGGCUGAGGAGGUGAAGAAGCAGACAGCGGAUUUAAACUCCAGGAUGGACUGGCUGCAGGGAGCGCUUACAGAGAGGAUGCUGGACAGCAACGACAGCGGUCACUCAGGAGUCCCAAUGAUCCAGCUGCUGCUGGCUCAGAACAAACGCGUGGACCAGCUGGAGGAGAAACUCAAGCUGCAGCAAGACAAACUGGAGAAGCAGAGUCUGCAACUACAAGCACUGCAGAACAAGAUUUCACAUAAGAGAGUAAAGGCGCACAGGAGGAAACACGAAGAGAUGGCACUGAGGGGCGAGGCUCAGCAGAUCCACACAGAAUCAGGUUUGGCCGGAGACCGUGAUGAUCUCCUCGUACGUGGGCAGCGAGCCAGCAGAGACGGGAGGAGCAGGAGGCAGCAGCUCUGGAAGCAGGCGGCAUCCUCCUCCACGGCCACAGAGCGAGAGAGCAACUCUCUGAACGCCGGUCAUCUAAAAAUGACACCAGCAUCCCCAAAUCAUUAAAGCAGAGCAAUAAGGAGAGAAUGACUUUAACUUAAACACUGAACUACUGAAGGACUAAAACUAGACUGAGUGUUUACACGCACAUCAUUGCUCUCUGCUGAUUCGCUGCAGGGUCAGACACAUGGAUGCUAUGCCAUGCGAUAACUCAUUGUCUCAGUGGACAUGUUCAGUCAUAUUGACGGGUCUAACUUUAUUCCCUUUAUAAGGGAUUUAUCCAUUUGUUUUGUUUUGUACUUAAAUAAUGCGCAGUUUCUUAUUUUAUGGAUUUGUACAAAACUUUGAAUAUUUUAUAUGAAGUGGAUGGAAAUAAAACUUUUAAGUUUACCUUA